AUGAGUUCCAAAAUGCAAACACUGAUGUUUUUGUUAGUCUUAACAAUAUCCUCAUUCACUGUCAAAGCAUCACCAAGUGAUGCCGGCAUUACCAUCUACUGGGGUCAAAACCUAGGAGAUGGCUCAUUGUCUUCAACAUGUAACACUGGUAACUACAAGAUUGUACUCUUAGCUUUCCUCAAUGUCUUUGGAGCAGGAAGAACUCCAAUUUGGAACUUUGCUGGCCAUUGUGGAGGUUCAAAUCUUUAUUGGGAUGACCUUGCUAGACACCUUAACAAUAUAAGACAACAAAACAGUGGAUAUGGAAGAGGACGUGGACGUGGAGGUCGUGACAGUGGUCGAAGUGGUAGAGUAUUGUUCAGAUGA